AUGAGAAAUACACUGCUAUUCUUCUUUUUCGUUAUUUUCUUAUUGAUUGUACCUUCACCGGCUUCUAAUGUAACUAAAUGCUUACAAACAUGCCAUUUGAAAGUAAACGAUGAUGAAAUUGCCUAUUUACGGUUUAUUAAAACCAUCAGUGAUAGUGCAACUCGAGUAGUUUACUUUGAUAUAUUACGAGAUCGGUACUAUAAUGUCAACGCAACAUUGUUUGCUUGGGUUCGAGAUAAUGUUGGAGCACCAAUUUUCUCUCUACCUAUUGACUACAUUGCAACAUCUUUCAAUUUACCGUUGGUAUUUAUUGAUUAUGUGCCAAUCGAGUUUAACGAAUCUGCUCAAAGCUGCUAUAUACAGUCAAGCCAGUUCUGUCAAAAGAUUAUGAUCAUGUCUGCAUUAGCUAAAAUGACUAGACUAGAUAAUCGAUGUAACGGAACAAAUUGUGGUAGCUUGUGCAGAAGACAUUUUCAUUUUCAAAACCGAGGCGACCUUGAAGACAAUAUAUACUCAUGCUGUCCUGAAGAUAGCUUGGCAAAAGAAGUUGAUUUGUUAAAAUGCCUCGAGCCAGAUCAAAUGAAACCAUAUAUUCCCAUUCUUAGUUCCUUUACUAUCGUUUUGGGAGCUUUGAUAAGCCUUAAUGUUUUAUCAGCUGCAACAAAUCAAGUAAUUAAAUCACUAGGAAGUACAAUGACAACCCGAAAGUAUGAUUCUGACAAUGCUACGAAUGAUAAUAGUGAUUGUAACACUCUAAGAAAGAUUUAUAUAUUGUCGCCAUUAACCAGGCAAACCUAUGUGCAUAACUAUUUCAAAUAUCUGGCGGAAGAAAGGCCUCAUAUAAGCAACCUAUCUAAAGAUAUAGCAGCAGUUUUACCUAAAGUAGAGGAUAAAGUGAAAACUAUUUUGGAGGCUGAUAAAGGUGAAAUAGAAGUUUAUUUCAAAGUCAAUCAAGAUCCUACAGUUGUCGUUGCUCACACUGAGAUAGAAAUAGAAAUGAAUACGGCUCCAGAAAAUACCGACGUUUCGGUAUCAUAUAGUAGAUUAAAGGAUAUAAGCCUUAUUAUCGAUCUUCCAGAAAUACUUAUUGCACAUGAAGAAGAAAUCAAAAAUAUGCUAUGCAUAAUAUUCAAUACUAAAUGUGUUCAGUUUGGUAAAGGCAUCUAUAAAAUUAUAUUUCAUUACAAUAAAAAUGAAGGUGAUACAAUUCUGGUCGAUUUGCCUUCUUGCAAUGAACAUUAUUUGUAUAGAGGCUGCUGUAAAGAUUUAGAACAAUUAACAAAUGUAAUUGAGGAAUAUCUUCGAGAUAGGAAGAUUUAUCAGCUCAAAAAGAAGUUAGUUCAAGUUCACGAUAGAAUUGGUAACAUUGAUGAAAUUGAAUGUGAUACAAUACCGGAAAGUUUAUUUAACUGGAUUCGUUACUGUUCACCAGUACUUUCCUGUAGCAUUUGGACUGUAAUAUGGAAAAUAAUUAUUUCAUCUGGAAUAUAUGCCGCUCUAAUCUUAGCUAUUCCAGGUUAUUCGCAAGUUGAUUCUUUAGCUGAAUUUAAUGCAGCUAUUAGUAAACUACCAGUUUCGCUAAUAACCAUCAUUAUUGCAGUAAAAAGCAUUCAAGAAUCUACAGUCGACGAGGAAGCGGCCAGAAAAAUCCUUCUGUAUUAUUUGAUUCGAUAUAGAAGAGGCUAUAAAUUCUUUUAUGAAGAAGGUCAAAAACUUGGAAUAUUUCGCCUUCUCAUGAAUUAUAUAAGAUCGCUUUCAUCUUUUGGAAAAUUUAUGCAGCAUAAUUUGCAAAAUAUCCGGUUACCAAAUGGUAGUCGUAAUAAUAAUGAUUGUUCCUAA